AUGAAUAUUACCCUAGGCUUGUACAAGAAUUUUAUAGAACUCAUGACCGUUGAUGAUGAGGAUCGAUUUGAAGUAAUUUUGAACACAAAUACAUAUAGUGUCUCUGUUGAAUUGAUAGCCACGGCUUUAAAUUUGCCCAAUGAUGGAAAUAGAAUUUCCACUCAUAAGGAUGUUGCUAGAGUAGCAGGUUUUAAUCUGGUUGAGUUUGAGAAUGAAGUAUUUCCUGCUAGCACUGCCAAAAAUGAGAAAUCCACCAGUACCAAAGCCCUCCAGCAUAUCAAAAUUAUUCACAGUAUGGUAAACUAUGUGUUCUGGUCCAACCGCAGUUAUGGCUAUCUGAGUCACUUGGAUAUGUGUAUUAUGUGGCACAUUGUGAGUAAAGUUAGGUUAAAUUUAGCCUACUUAAUUUUCAAAAACAUGUGCAAGGCCUAUGGAAUUGGUAAACUGCCCUAUGCACACUUGUUGACUGCUGUGUUUAAAGAGCUAGAGGUGAAUGUCACUAAGGAAAGCUCUAGGGCUGACUUGAUAGUGCUUAGAGAAAUACAUUCAGACACUGAUGGGAGAAAGACCAGAUUUGAAAAGGGUAGUUCCUUCACUGCUAAAGUUGAUUCUGGUUCUGGUAAUGAAGUUUUGAAUGAAAUUCAAGGGCUAAGAGCUGCUGUUAAUGACCAUUUUAGUUCAACAACUCAAUCUCUUGAUAUUCUCAGAAAAUUUGUAGAUGUUGUUGACUAUAAAGUGAGUCACCUACUCACUCAAAAUGAGGAGUUAAAGAAGUUGAUAAUGGACCUUCAGCAGGCCAAGGAAAUUGCAGCUCCAACUAAAGUUGAGGUUGGCACUCAGGUUUCUACUGAUAAGGGAGAAAGCACCAAGGUUGAAGAGCCUCCUGAAAGUGGUCAAGUUGCUGAAGCUGAACUUGAACCUAUGGUAGAUGCCCAUGAUGAGCAUGCUCCUGACCAUGAUGCACCUGAGAUUGAUCCUACAGCUGAUAUACCCACUGCACUUGAUGAUCCCAAGGUUGUAGAAGCUGAAAGUGAGUUACCCAAGGAAGGUGAAAAGGUUCCAGAAUCUGAACCCAUUGUUGAACCUCCUCCUGCUCCACUAGUUGAGCCUGAUGCUGUUCCUACACAGCACCAGGAACCUUCCCUUAAAGACCACCAAGCUAGCGCUCAAACUCAGCUAUCUGCAGCUGCUGCCCCUGCAGCCAAGAAGGGUAGAAAAAGAACAAAGUCCACUGUGUCAAAUCCCUACCAAACCUUAGCUGCUGCUCUUGAACCACCUUCUGAAGAUGAUGAGGCCGAGCCAGAUGAUCAAGUGGCUGACCAACCACCUCCAGCCCCUGUUAUUAAACUGCCUAGGAAGAAAAUGGUGCCUACAAAAUCCACUCGCAGGAGUAAACGACUUAAAUAG